AUGCCUCUUCUAUACCCAUCGGGCGCAAAGUCGCUGCAUCGACUCACACCAUUCCAGCGGCUCAUCAAGAUCGCCAGGCACACGCCAUCGUCUUCCGCUUCCGCAGGCACCAGCUCAGAUGUGCGCAGCUGCGCCGGCUUCAAACCGUCCGAGUACGAGGAGGUGGUGGAGGAUCCUGUCUCGCGCAGCUCACGACACGAGACGCGCGCCGUCGACGAUGGCAAGCUCAAGGCGGCCUGGGGUGCAGUAGCGUGCGACACGUGCGGGCGGAGCAUCGAGGAGCACGCAGCGCUCAGCGACACCGACGACGAGGAGGCGACGCGCAGAGGCAAGGUAGCCGUGCGCCUCGACGAGCUUCUGGAAGACAAGCACAAGCUGCUCGACUUUGAGUACGUCGACGCCGACAUCGAGUCGCUGCGCAAGCAGAUGCGGCCCGUCGGUGCGGACGGUCUCAUCGAGGCGUCGAGCCCGGGCUCGCAGCUCAGCACGGCGCCCGAUGCAACUCCGAGCCCACACCCGGCGUCGCAGUCGCUACCUGCAGCGCCGCACUCAUCAACACCUCUGCUGCAGAGCCUCAACCGGAAGCGUAAGCUGCGCGAGAGUUCGCGCUCAAGGUCGCGGUCGCGCGAUCGCGAAGCUUCAGUGGCGACGUCGAGCCGAUUGUCGAGCCCCGAGAUGACGGUGGCGCACUCGAAUGCGGCGUCGCGCCACGCCUCGCCGGCUGCAUCGAAUGGACGGUACGAUGCCAAGAGGAGGAAGCUGGCGUCUUCGGACCUGGCGAACGAGUCGACGGCGGAUGCCAACGUGUCGACGGAUCUGAGCGACGAGUCGGGCGAGGAAGCCGACGCAGCUGACGCUGCUACUGCGGGCGAAGGCGGCGAGGAUGCGGCCAAUGCUGCUGCCCAAGCAUCCACCAACGGCGGAACAGGGCCGGCAGAGGAAGAGACCGAGGCCAAGGACGCGGAGGAGCGCCAAGCCGAGGUGAAAGAGGAGGCGAUCGACUUGGAGGAACAGCUGGAGCCAGCACCAAAGAGUGCAGCGUCGGCGGCGGAAGAAGGGGUUGCGCCGCGCAAGGAGCGACCUGCGGUGAUCGAGGAGCGCACGGGGCUGAUCCAGUUCCGCGUGGUGUCGAACGACGACGACCACGAGUCGAUGAUCCUGCUGACGGGACUCAAGAACAUCUUCCAGCGGCAGCUGCCCAAGAUGCCGCGCGAGUACAUUUCGCGGCUGGUGUUUGACCGCAACCACCAGAGCGUGGCGAUUGUCAAGCGCGGGCUGCAGGUGGUGGGCGGGAUCACGUACCGUCCGUUCAAGCAGCGCAAGUUUGCCGAGAUUGUGUUUUGCGCCAUCACGAGCACGGAGCAGGUCAAGGGGUACGGGUCGCAUCUGAUGAACCACGUCAAGGACCACGUCAAGGCGUCGUCGCCCGUGAUGCACUUCCUGACGUAUGCGGACAACUAUGCGAUCGGCUACUUCAAGAAGCAGGGCUUCACCAAGGAGAUCAGUUUGGACCGGUCGAUGUGGGUGGGAUAUAUCAAGGACUACGAGGGCGGAACGUUGAUGCAGUGCAGCAUGGUGCCGAGGGUCAAGUAUCUCGAGGUGCAGGAUAUGCUGGCCAAGCAGAAGGAGAUGGUGCUUGCCAAGAUCCGCAGCAUCAGCCGCUCGCACGUGGUGCACAAGGGGCUCGAGGCGAUGCACAACCGACAGCGACUGAUCCAGCUCAAAGGGUUGAUCCAGAAUCCGGACGGCACGGUGGCCAAGCCGGAGCGUGCGGCGAAGCGCGACCAGCAGAAUGGCGAAGAAGACCCCACGGCGACCUUCCUCGUCGAACCGAGCGAGGUGCCGGGGCUCAAGGAGAGCGGCUGGACGCCCGAGAUGGACGAGCUGAGCCGCCGACCGAAGCGCGGGCCGCACUUUGCCGUCAUGCGCCACAUCCUCGUGGAGCUCAACGGCCACGGCAGCGCGUGGCCGUUUGUCAAUCCGGUCAACGGCGACGAGGUGACCGACUACUACGACGUGAUCAAGAACCCCAUGGAUCUUUCUACUAUGGAGGCCAAGCUGGAAAACAACCAGUACGCCAAUGUGGACGAACUCACCGCGGAUGCGCAGCUCAUCUUUGACAACUGCCGCGCCUACAAUCCGGCCUCGUCGCCGUACGCCAAGAGCGCGACGAAGCUCGAAAAGUUCCUCAAGGAGACGCUGCUGCCCAAGGUGCAGAGCUCGCUGUGA